UCGAACGACGCCAGAUCGAGACGCUCCUGCAAUUAUGUAUAGCUGGAAAAUAAAAAAAAAAAAGGCUCUAUUUAAAGUGAAUUCUAUAAUCUGUCGGAGGAAAACUGCAAGAUUGAAGAAUUAAGUGGUGCUGUUGACCAAACGGAGUUUAUGUUACCGAAAAUGAAGCACUUUCAUGUCGUUUUGAAAAGCUUGGCUAGUCGAAGCAAAAAAAUUGGAUCGUCGCAGAGGAAUAAGAAGCAUCGGGGAAGGAAAAUGAAAAGAUUAAAUGCAACUAUGAGACGACUAAAAGUGGAGACAAAUGAGAUAAGAAAGGAGCAGGAAAAUAUAAAAAGGGGGCAGAUGGAAGUUAGAGGGAAGUUUGAAGCCAUUCAAUUUGAAUGUGAGCAAUUGCGGAAGGAGACUGACCUUAUAACAAAGCAAAGUCUCAACACCCAACUUCGGCUUGCGCUAAUGUUUCAAAUCUUAAGAGCACGAGAAACUAAUGAUCUCAGCAAAGCUGCAACCCUCACUCAAGUUCUUCGUGCACUGAUACCAAAACAAAAUAAUAAGUAACGAGAGCUUGUGGUAAUUUUAAUUUUUUUAGAUCUUGGUUUGGUUUGAAGAAUGAAGCAAAGAUUGCUGUACUACUUUUGCAUUUUGUUUUGUUAACAGUGUUAUGUGUGUAAUACAUU